CGAUCAUUACCAUAAAGUGGCUAAACGGUCUGUAAGGACAGAUAAGCAUGUGUUUGUGGUGUUUUCAUAUUCUGAGGUAUGAUCAUGAAUGAAAACUGUACCUUCACAGUGGGGGAGCAAUGACGUUCAGGAGAUAUUUUAGUCCUUGUCUGCAGGGUUCUGAUUGUGGCUGUUGGCUGAGACAAGGCUGAGUACCACAAUGACUGCUCACCAGUUGAUCCUAAAACAACGAGCAGAGCUUCUGGCAGUCCUGUGUGGUGGAGGCAGUGCCGAACCUCUGGACUGCGUUCUGGACCUGCUCCUGGCUUGCGAGGUUCUUGUCUGGGAAGAUUAUCUAAGCAUAAGAGUGGUGGAGAAACCUCUAUUAUCCAAUGUCAGGCAACUAUUAGAUGUGGUGUAUGAUAAAGGAGAAGAUGCAUGCAGCCUUCUCUUGGCUGCGAUGAACCAGGUCUUACCUGAGGAGCAGAAGGCUGGGCUGUGUUUUGGGAAAGAAUGUGCUGUGCUGGGCAAGAACAGACCAGACACUGCAACUUUAACGUUACUUGCUGACAGGCCAGUGUUAGUGAGAAAGCUCAGAGAUAAUAUUGACGGAGCACUGAAUGCUUUACUGACAACUGGCUGCUUCACCAUUAAAGAUUGUGAUGCGGUGCAGCUACCUGUAUACACACCCUCACAACAGGUUCGGAGGCUGUUAGACCAAGUGAGGUUUAAAGGGGAAACUGCUGCAAAGACCUUACUACAAUAUCUAGAGCAAACUGAGACAACCAGACCAAACCCUGAAGAUAAAGAAAAUCACCUUUCUGCCAAUUGUCUGCUCUACCAGAAGAAGCUGCGAAGCUCUGUUGCUGCCCAGUCCCAUUCCCUUAGCACCUAUGGUGGGACAGGACGUUUCUCCUUGGAUGACAUUUACACCGACGGACUUCUUGAAGUGAUGGAUGGCUCUGGUGAAACUCUUACACUAGGGCUGGAGGAUGUGGUGGGUCCCUUGGGGACUCUUAAUGAAGAUGCUGACACUGUUCUUGUGUCUGGGGAGGCAGGAAGUGGCAAAAGCACACUGCUUCAGCGACUGCACUUGCUCUGGGCAAGAGAAGCUUUGCUCACAAACACUUUCCUGCUGUUCCCCUUCAGUUGCCGCAAGCUGAACUCAGAGCACAGAGAACUGUCUUUGAAAGAGCUCCUCUUCCUGCACUGCUGCUGGCCUGAUCGAGGUCAGGAUGAGGUUUUCCAGUUCAUCCUAGACCAUCCUAAUUUGGCCCUCUUUACCUUUGAUGGGCUCGAUGAGUUUAAACAGGGUUUCACAGAUGAAGAACGCCACUGCUGCCCCACAAAGCAAGUGCCAAUACCUAUUUUGCUUUUCAAUCUGUUGCAGGGUACGCUAAUGAAGGGAGUUAUGAAGGUGGCCACUAGCAGGCCACAGGCUGUAGGCUCAUCGCUGAAGCACUAUCUCCGCAAAGAAGUGCUCCUGAAGGGUUUUUCUCCUGGAGGGAUUGACUGCUAUGUUAAGAAGCAUCACAGCGACCCUGCUAUGGCUAGACGUGUCAUAGAGUCCCUCCAGGCUAACACAGUGUUAUUAAGCCUUUGCCACAUCCCAGUCUUCUGCUGGAUUGUGACCAAGUGCCACCAGGAGCUUCUAGGUGGUCAAGAUGUUAUUCCCCAGACAAUCACCGAUGUCUACCUCCUGGUCUUACAGCAUUUCUUCCAGCGAAAGUCACCUCAGCCCCAAGGAGUCCUGGGAAAGGCCUGGUUGGAGGAACAUUUGGACACAGUGUUAAAACUUGGACAGCUGGCGCUGGAAGGUCUUGAAGCCUCUUGUUAUGUGUUCUCAGGAUAUGAGCUGCAAAGAAAUGGGCUGACAGAACAGGAUGUCAGCCUGGGUUUCCUCAUUUACUGCAAUGACCUAUCUGUUACAGAUUGUAAACGCUAUGAAUUUCUGCACAUCACCUUACAAUGCUUCUUCGCUGCUCUUUAUGUAGUUCUCAAUCGUAACAGCGAUCGCUCUGCUGUCUCCAGACUCUUUCAGGCCCAGUACAGGCAGUUGUCAGGUCUGUCUCAAAGAUGUCUGGGACACUGUAUAGACAGUUCUGUAGAGGAGGUGGAAUCCCAUGUGACAGAGACACCAAACCUCCAGAUUACAGCUCAGUUUGUGUCAGGACUUUUAUCCCAGCGGCACCAUAAUCUCUUGCUGGAAUGCUGUCCUAUUGCUGUCCGGGAACGCAAGGUAAAGCAGGUAGUGAAGUCUUUGUCUAAAGGUAUGCAGAGACAUUUCAAGUCCAUUCCUCGUCCUGUAGAAGGUGAAAAGAAGAGCAUGCAUGCCAUGCCAAGUUUUGUUUGGCUAAUUAAGUGUAUCUAUGAAAUGCAAGACAACAGUAUUGCUCGAGAUACCAUGGCUAAGUUGGACGUUGAGCACCUGAAGCUCACCUAUUGUAACAUUGGUCCUGUGGAAUGUACUGCGCUGGCGUAUGUGCUGAAGUACCUGCGGAAUCCUGUUGGGCUCCAGUUGGACAACAAUUCAGUUGGAGAUGUGGGCGCGGAGCAGCUUCUUCCAUGUCUACAUAUUUGUCACUCCCUUUAUUUAAGGAACAAUAACAUAUCAGAUGAAGGAAUCCGGAAACUUCUGGAAAAUGGAAUGAAGUGUGAAAGCUUCCAAAAAAUAGCGCUUUUCAAUAACAACCUCACAGAUGCUUGCACCCAACACUUUGCUUUGCUGUUAAAAUCAAAGCAGAACUUCCUAUCUUUGAGGCUUGGAAAUAAUAACAUCACGUCGCAGGGAGCAGAGCAGCUGGCAGAAGGCCUAAGCUACAACCAGUCUUUGCAGUUUCUUGGAUUAUGGGGUAAUAAAAUUGGGGACAGGGGAGCUGAGGCAUUGGCAGCUGCGCUGAAAAAUAGCACAACGCUAAUAUGGCUAAGUCUGGUGGAUAAUGGUGUGGGCAGUGCAGGUGCAUGCGCUCUGGCUAAACUCAUCAGUCAGAGCAAAACUCUGGAGCAAUUGUGGCUAAACAAAAACUGUAUCAGCAGAGAGGGGGUUGAGUGUCUAAUAGAGGCACUGAAAAUUAACUCUAGUGUUAAGGAAGUCUGGCUGAGAGGAAAUAAUCUGAGCCCAGAGGAAGAGGAGGAGCUGAGCAAGCAAGAAAGCAGAUUGACCUUCUGAGAGCAAGAUGGCUCUGUAAUGCCUGCCAUCAAACUCCCAAAUACAAAGCUCAUCAUUUUAC